ACAAGAAGCGGAAAGUGGCUGAAGAGGCUCAUGAAGCGCGUUUAGCAUAUGAUCAAAAUAAGAAAAACAAUAAGCAGCGUAAAGUAGCUGAAGAGACUCAUGAAGAACUUGAGACGCGUUUGGUGGCUGAAAAGAAGGCUCGGUGUGCUCAUGCACAUAAAAAAUAUUUAUUAAAAAAGUCUAGAGAAACUCCUCAAUAA